UCUCACCUCUCAACAUAACCUAGAUUUGAGUAAGAGCAGAGAGAUUUCUUGAAAUAGUGAGAAAAUAAAUGGAUCUCAUUGAGAAAGAGAGUGGGGAGGAGUUGUUCCAUGCUCAAGCUCAUAUAUGGAACCAUAUAUUUGGCUUCAUAAACUCUAUGUCCCUUGGAUGUGCAGUUCAGCUAGGUAUACCAGACAUUGUUCACAACCAUCCCCAACCCAUCACCCUCUCUGAACUGGUCAUGAAGCUUGCCAUCCCAAAGACCAAGACUGCUUGUCUGUUUCGCCUCAUGCGCUUAUUGGUGCACUCUGGUUUCUUUGCAACUCGAGAAGUCUGCAAAUAUCAGGAAGAAGAAGAAGAAGGAUAUGUGCUCACACCUUCUUCUAGGAUUCUCCUUAAGGAUAAUGCCAAGAGUAUGUCACCCUUCUUGCGAGCAAUGCUUGAUCCGAUAUUGUUGACUCCUUGGAAUUUCCUUAGUGCAUGGUUCCAGGGAGAUGGUCUUAAUCCAUUUGAGACCGCACAUGGGAGGAACUUGUGGGACUAUGCAGGUGAAGACAAUGAGUUUAACAAAUUCUUCAACGAAGCAAUGGCAAGCGAUGCUAGAUUGGUGAUGAGUGUGGUUGUUACAGAGUGCAAAGUUGUGUUUGAAGGGUUAAAGUCAUUGAUUGAUGUAGGAGGUGGGACAGGAACUGUGGCCAAGACCAUUGCUGAAACCUUCCCAAGCUUGAAAUGUUCAGUGUUUGACCUACCACAUGUGGUUGCUACUUUGGAAGGCAAUGAGAACCUAAAUUAUAUUGCAGGUGACAUGUUUGAAUCCAUCCCUCACGCAGAUGCAGUUCUGCUCAAGUGGAUUCUGCAUGACUGGAAUGAUGAGCAAUGCAUAAAGAUAUUGAAGGGAUGCAAAGAAGCGAUCUCUGGAGGGGAACCUCUUUGUUGA